AUGGCAGACACGGAUAUUGAUGCGAUUAUACAGUCACUGACGUUGGAGGAGAAGAUUUCCCUCUUAGCAGGUCGAAACUUCUCAGAAACAGUUGGUUAUCCAGAAAAAGGCGUUCCUUCGAUAAAGACCGCUGACGGACCAAAUGGAAUUCGCUCAGCAGCAACAGAUCUCGAUAUCAAGUCGGCCUGUUUCCCAGCAGCAUGCAAUCUCGCAGCAACAUUUGACCUAGACCUUGCCAAGAAGUUUGGCAAGGCUCUAGGUGCUGAAGCGAGAGGCAAGCGAGUAAACUGCAUGCUCGGCCCAACAGUCUGUAUGCAUCGCCAUCCUCUCGGUGGUCGCAAUUUCGAGAGCUAUAGUGAAGACCCAUUUCUCACUGGCAAAAUGUCCUCAAAAGUCAUACAAGGACUCCAAAGUCUUGGUAUUUCUGCUACGAUAAAGCAUUUCGUUGCCAAUGAGCAAGAAACAGCCCGUACGACUGUUGACGAGACCAUUGACGAACGUGCAUUGCGCGAGAUUUACCUUAGGCCGUUUGAGAUUGCUGUGAAGGAAGCGAAUCCUUGGGCGAUCAUGACAGCUUAUAAUCAUGUCAAUGGCGUUCAUUGCGAUGAGCACAAGUGGCUUCUGCAAGAGGUCUUGCGUGGUGAAUGGAGCUGGAAAGGCCUUGUCAUGAGUGAUUGGGGCGGUACGAAUUCUGUCGCUGCAGCGCUCAAUGCUGGUCUGGACCUGGAGAUGCCUGGUCCUCCCCGUCUAAGAAAGGAAGAUGCUGUCAAGGAGGCACUUGAGAGGGGAGACUUGACAGAAAGCACCAUCAACGAGCGCGCCAGAUCUGUUGUUGAGUGGGCCUUGAAGCUCAAGGCUCGUGAAGCAGAGUCACACUCUGUUGCUCUUGGUCAAGACACUAAUACCCCCGAACUGCGAAGCAUGAUCCGCGAGGCUGGAGCGCGCGGUAUCGUCUUGCUGAAGAAUCAGGGAGAACUCCUUCCGUUGACCAAGGAAAAGGUUCAGAAGAAGACGAUUGCUCUUAUCGGAUUUGCUAAAGACGCUAUGGCUCACGGAGGAGGUAGCGCGGCUGUCAAUGCGUACCGUAAGAUCACUCCCUGGCAAGGCUUGCACGAGGCCCUUGGCGAUGACGUUGAGUUCACAUACGCUCGAGGCGCUCAUCGCGAGCGUCUCCUUCCUGCUAUUCAUCCCGAUGGUCUCUGCGGUAAAGUCGUGGGUCUUGAUGGCAAGCCCGGGUUCAGCCGACAGCUGUUCAAGGAGGGUGAAUCUGAGCCUGUAUCUACUAUUGGACAGCCAACUUCUGCAUACUCACCUCUAGGAUCACAAGAGUCACUCUGGAGGAGACUUGAGAUUGUCGGCGACUUUACGCCGGCUGAAACAGGAGAGCACUACAUCGCUUGCUCUGGACUGGGACCUACAAGGGUUUAUGUUGAUGGCGAGAUCAUCUAUGAGCAGACUGCCAACUGCACUGACCCUAUGGGCUCUCUUUUCCUCGCUGCUCCAGAGCCUGAGUUCCGCCACAAGUUCGAGGGAGGGAAGACAUAUCGCCUUAAGAUCUGCAGUGAUCCCCCCACCAAGAUCGGCCUAACCAUUCUCGAAGGUCGUAGUGGUGUUCGUGUCGGCUUCUCACUUGAGUCCGACCACGAUGCGGAUCUUGUCGGAGAAGCUGCUGAGGUAGCCAAGGCUGCUGAUUACGCGAUUGUGUUUACCGGACAUGAUCCUCAAUGGGAGACUGAAGGCCGAGAUCAAGAUGGAUUCAAUCUUCCCCGAAAGGGCACGCAAGACGCUCUCGUGUCUACAGUGGCAUCGGUCAACCCCAACACUAUAGUUGCCAACUCUACCGGCGUUGCUAUCGCUAUGCCUUGGUUGGAGCAAGUCCCCGCUGUCGUGCAAGCUUGGUUCCCCGGCCAAGAAUGCGGUUACUCUAUCGCCGAUGUCCUUACGGGAGCUGUCAAUCCUGAAGGUCGACUACCAGUGAGCUUCCCUAAGAGUAUUGAGGACUGCCCUGCGCACGGAAACUUCCCUGGCGAAUAUGUAGAUGGGCAGCUCAAGGUUACCUACGCCGAGGGCGUUUUCGUCGGAUAUCGUCACUUCGAUCGACUUCCUCGUGAGAAAGUUAACUUCCCUUUCGGCCACGGCCUAUCUUACACGACUUUUACAUAUGAUCUGGAGAAUGUUUCUCACGAGGGUGACGACUGGUAUGUUUCUGCUAAAGUAACUAACACUGGAAAGCAAGCUGGCGGUGCAUUGUUGCAGCUUUAUGCUGGUCCAGCUGAGCAGUCUCCUGAUCAUCCGAUCAAAUCUCUCGUGGCUUUCCAGAAGGUCGGAUUGGAGCCCGGUGAGGCAAAGUUGGUUAAGCUUCUGGUGAAACAGAGAGACUUGGCGCAUUUCGAUACCGGACCGAAGAAGUGGGUAAUUGAUGAAGGCGAGUAUCGCUUCUCAUUGGGAGUCUCUUCGGCCGAUAUUGUUGGAGAUACCGUGGUGAAGGUGCAAAAGGCUGUUUUUGAUCCAUAG